UUUAGUUGUUCUUGCUUGGCAACAUAAACCAGUUAUGGUGAGUUGUUUUAGGUUGAAACAGAUCUGAAGAAGUUGACCCAAAAAUAACGUGUUCAAUAGCUGUUUAGUACUCGCAAGUGGUGAGAAUUACAUUGAAGAUCGGGAAUCAAUGGCCUAUUACGGUUUUGAUAAAGAAUACUUGCCGCGCAUUUCUGCAAACAGCCGUGGCUUUUCAGAAUCGCGGCCUAGGCAGUCUUUGCGCUUCGUUGACGAUUACGAGAAUUGGUCUGAUGGGGCCAUCAAAGACAAAUCUGGCAGAUCAAAGCAUGCUUCUUUCUCCUACUCAAAACGAAGACCUUUGUCGGCAGAUAGUAGCGUUUCAAGCUCGAUUUCUGGUUUAUCUUUGAAAGAUUCAAACGAGCCAGCAGAUGACAACUUCAAGCUGAACCUAUCUGACAUAUUGGAUUCAAAAAAAGAUAAUUCUAGUAGAUAUUCAUUCCAGAGGAAAAGUGAUUUGGAUAGCAUCUUGAAUACCUGGCCCCAUCCUCCAAAUUAUGGAGCUGCUUCAGAUGCCACCAAGCAGACAUCUGCUUUUGCAAAGUCUCUCACAGAAGGCAUUGGUUUGACCAAUCAAGAUUUAGAAAGCAACCAAAAAGAGAAACUACAAUCUCUUUUUCAAGAAAGAGAUACUCUGACACUACAGGUUAGUCAUUAUAGACAAGCAGCUGAAACUGCAGCAAGUGACCUUGCCGCAGAAAAGGUCAAAUCAGCAACAUGUCAAGAUGAGAUAAAAAAGGCAAAGGGCAAGAUUUCUGACUUGCAACAGAAAAUUAUGGAUUUAAAGUGUGAAAUUGAAAGUGGCAAACAGUUUCAAGCACGCAGCAGUGCUAUGAUUUCAUCCUUGCAAAACCGGGUGAAAGAUGCUGAGGAUUUUGCAGUUGAUAAAGAGAAUAAGAUGUCGCGAGUAGAUGUAACAGUAUUCUCUUUGAAAAAAGAACUCCAGCAGCAAGUAGAUGAAAAACAGAAGCUUGAAAUUUCCUUAAAACAUCAUUUGAAAGUUGAAGAAGAAAAGACAAAGAAAGCAGAGGAAUGGGAACGAAAACUGCGGGAAAUGUGUGCUCUACUGGCAAAUUUAUUGGGUAUUGAAGCACCUGGAGGUCUGGAAGCAAUAGACCUUAUUGUGUCAAGGGUAAAAGAAGCAGUAAGAGAUUUUGGUUCCUUGAAACAGAAGAUGACAUCAAUGACUCAUCAAUACCAAAACACUGAUCUUGAAGUCAAAGCAAGCAGGGAAACGAUAAUGAGGCUUGUGGCGGAUAUUGGAAAGGAACAGCAACUUUCUGGCGAAAGGCUAAAAGAAAUUGAAAAUUUGACUCGAGAGAGAGAUAUUGCUACACAAAAACAAAGGGAAACUGAACUUGAGUUGCAGCAAGUGAAAGACAACCUAAAGCAUAGCCAAGAAGCUUGGUCGAGUACAAGAGAAAGGCUUGCAGACCAAGAACUAAGAUUGCAUGAAUUUGACAAAGUUUUGGCCACAAAAGAAGACUCGUACCAUAAAGCCGAUAUCAAGUUGAAGCACUUCAAGAGACAGCUUGCUGAGAUCUUGAGUGAUGUCGAUGUAACAGUACGCGAAAAAGAAUCAGACAUUCUGCACAUGAUCCGCGCCAUACACAAGUCAUACAAAGAGAAGAAAUCUAAUGAGGAAAAGCUUCAGUCACGUGUAUCGGCUCUGGCUGGUGAGAUAUCAAAUCAAAGAAAUAUGCAGCACUCCACAAUCGCCAGGGCAACUCAAGCAGAAAACCAAUGGCAGGAUAUGAAUGAAAGAGUGAAGGCACUCGAGGGCGAGCUAAUUGCAGCGGAUGUUGAGAGAGAUCGAUUGAAAGAUGACAGAAAUAAGUUCUUGGCAUUUAUUGACAAGUUGUCACGUGCAAUGAAACUAGACGAAGUUGCGGUAGAAGCUGGGUUUGAUAUUUCUUCGGAUGCCAUUUUACUAAGGGCAGAACAACUCUCUAAAUCUGAGACCAAUUCUUUGCAAGACAGAACUUCGACUAUCUACUCCUUGCAAAGAAAAACGAAGACACUUAAGCAUCAGUUGGAAAGCAAAGAUUUUCAACUUUCACUAAGCAAGAAGAAAAUAAAUGAACUGGAAGAGAUAUUGAAAGACAGAGGAAGAAUUGAAAACGAAAGAGAUGACACGUCAAAUAAAAAUUCAAAAUUACAGAAAAGAUGUGAACGUCUACAAGAUGAGCUUUCUCGCAAUAAAGAUAUUGUGAUGCAGCUGAAGGCUAAAAUCAUGGAAUAUGGUGAACAGCAGAUAAAACUUGAAGAUCAAAAGAGGACUAUAGAAGACCUAGAGUCAGUCGUACAACGAUUGGCAAAAAGCAAACAGAAAACUGAUAAAAGACUUGCAGAGAAAAGGCAUGCUUUUGAGUCAAGCGAAAAAGAAACGAAGGAGGAAAUUCAGAAAACGAAUCUCAACUAUCAGCAACUGCUAAAUGAAUUGCAGGAAACAAGGAGCAGUUUGGAGGAAACACAAAGUAGAGAAAAACAGUUGAUAAAAUUCCGGCAUGCUCUCGCCAAACUAAUUGGUCUGGACAUUGAAGAGCUUUCAGUACCUGAUUACGAGAUUAUAUCGAAGCUUGAAAAAGUGGUGAGAGGCUAUGAAACCUAUACAAAUACUGUAAAAAGUCUGGAGACGACACUGAAUUCAAUGGAAAAGGAAUUCAAACAUGGUUAUAGUGACGUAAAAACACUGCUGCACUCAACGUAGCUGCAAAGCAUCAUUUCAUUUGACAGUUCAUGAAUCUGAUUAAAUAUUUUUAAAUUAUGAAUUUUUAUGCAAUACUUUUGGCAAGCAAAUUAAUAGGCAUUAGGCUGGUCAUGAAGUGUAGUCGAACGCAUACGGGGGCAUUAAGUGGUGUUUAGACUUCCAAAAUCAAAGUAACUGUGCCCAUCUUUAAAUUAGUUUCGAAUCUCUUAUUAUUAAUGUGGACGGAGAUAGACUAUUAGUGCGGUUGCGAAACAAUGUCCGCUGGUCCAUAUCUGACCCAAGAUACUCUCUGACUUGGGUCGUCGUCGGGGAAAGGGUAAAUUUUCGGAUCUAAAGAUAUACCUGAGAAUUGUUUUUUGGUAUACUUGAACAACACGUUAUCUUGGAAGGCUCUUGAGUUCGUUAACUGGAAAAUUAUCGUCUCUGAACUGUAAUACUGUCAAAUUGUCUACAGCUGUCAAAUUGCCCACUCAGUUUAGGCUAUCGAAAUUGAAGUCUAACGCCAUCAUUUGUCACCUUUUAUGCACCAACUGUAUAUUUUGACGCUCAAUGACAAAUUUUAGAAGUAUAACAGAGCAUGAAACUAUUUAAUUAGUUAAUAAAUUGAUAUUCAUAAACUUGAUCAUGUAUUAGGCUAGAUAUUAUAUCAAUCAAUCUAUUUAAAUGAUAUUUGUACAGUUUUGCAGUUUCACCUUAAUCAUUCUGUGAUGCUUGAUAUCAUAUUUUAUCACUUGUUGUAAAAAGCUUAUCACCAGUAGAU